UAAAUUAAAGUAAUAUGGCAUCGACUAGUGCCGAUUCUCAAUCAACCAUUGCUCAAAAGUCAUGGGUAAUGGCAAAUAAUAUAGAAAACGUAUCUAGUGUUGACGAAAUUUAUCGUUAUGACAAAAGGCAACAACAAGAUAUACUUGCGGCGAAACCAUGGGAAAAGGAUCCCCAUUUCUUCAAAGAUAUCAAAAUAUCAGCAUUAGCACUGUUGAAGAUGGUAAUGCAUGCUCGUUCUGGUGGAACUUUAGAAGUAAUGGGUCUUCUACUUGGUAAAGUGGAUGCAAACACUAUGAUAGUUAUGGAUUCCUUUGCACUGCCUGUUGAAGGGACAGAGACACGAGUGAAUGCACAAGCUCAAGCUUAUGAGUACAUGACUGCUUAUAUUGAAGCAGCAAAACAGGUUGGCCGACAUGAAAAUGCCAUAGGGUGGUACCACAGUCACCCUGGGUAUGGAUGCUGGCUGUCAGGCAUUGAUGUGUCCACCCAGAUGCUCAACCAAAAUUUCCAGGAACCAUUUGUUGCUAUUGUUAUUGAUCCAGUUAGAACAAUUUCUGCUGGGAAAGUAUGCCUUGGUGCUUUUAGAACAUACCCUAAGGGCUACAAACCUGCAAAUGAAGAACCAUCUGAAUACCAAACAAUUCCUUUGAACAAAAUUGAAGAUUUUGGUGUCCAUUGCAAGCAGUACUAUUCUUUAGAAGUGUCUUACUUCAAAUCAUCACUGGACAGGAGGCUCCUGGAUUCCCUUUGGAAUAAGUAUUGGGUGAACACGCUCAGUAGCUCUAGUCUUAUCACAAAUGCUGAUUAUACUACUGGACAAAUAUUUGAUUUAUCUGACAAGUUGGAACAGAGUGAAGUUUCUUUAGGCCGUGGUGGCUUCAUUGUAGCCGGCUCUGAUCCACAUGAAAAACGCACAGAAGACAAAUUGGGCAAGGCCACAAAGGAUGCUUGCAAGACCACUAUUGAAGUCAUCCACGGUCUUAUGGCCCAGAUGAUCAAAGAUCGCUUGUUUAACAGUGUAAGCGGCCGCCCCGCGCCGCCCACGCCGAUGAUAGAGUGAAUAUGAGAUGAAAUUAAUUUAGGAAUAUUAACAUUCUAACAUAAGGUUUUGUAUGUAAUGUAAUAAAUGAUUAUAAAUGUAGCGAUUUCUUCAG